CACAACCUACCACCAUCCGACCAAGUGAAUCGAAUGAUUUUGAUAACACGUUCUUUUUAGUUUCUAAUAUUUUAGAAAACGCGUUUCUUUAUUUGUUAAUCAGAAUUUUUAUUAUUCUGAAAACAAUUUGAUUUGAUUUCUAUUUCAAUAUACAUAUUUAAUUAAAAUGCCGAAGAACAAGGGUAAGUAACAAUUCUAAACAAAUAUUUUCGACGACAACAAUUUGUUACCUUGGUUUCUUAUUCAAUAAUUACCUAUUGUUUUUUCGCGCCCUUAGGAAAAGGAGGAAAAAAUCGUAGGCGUGGAAAGAAUGAAAACGAAACCGAAAAACGUGAAUUGGUAUUCAAAGAAGAUGGACAAGGUAAUUAUAUCUAUAUAAUACUUUAGUACAGAUUUUGUUCUUUGGUAAAUUUUUAAGAUACACCAUCCAAUCCAUGUUUAUAAAAUAUUAAGAUUACAUAGAUUUAUUUACUUUUUAUGGUUUUGUUAUUAGUUAAAUUGGGUAGUCUUCAAUUAUUAUAAUAUUGAUGUUUUAAUUUAUUAAAAGAAUAUCUUAAAAAUAUAUUGCAUAUUUUUUUUUUAACAAAUCUCUACUAUAAUUUAUUAAAACUAUUGACCUUUGACUUUAUUAUUUAUAUAUUAAGAACAAUUAAGUGAUUAGGUCAUAUUAAUAAUUAUAAAUUCAUUAAAAAUUAAAUUAAAUAUGCACAAAAAAAAAAAAAAUAGAUUAGUACCUUUCUUGGUAUAUCAACUUUUAAUAAUUUUUAUUUUGUUGGACAUAAAAUUAAAUAAAUAUUCACAGUAGAUUUGUGUAACUAUUUUCUUGAUAAGUUCUUUAGAAGAAAUAAUAUAUUUAAAAUAAUUGUGACACCUAUAAUAUUCAUUUUAGUACAUAAUGGCAAUGUAUGUAGUAGAUACAGAAUACAUAAUUCAAUUAUUUAACUUGUUUCAGUUUUGGUAUAGUUGGUAAAAUAAUAACCUGAACUUUUAUUUAUAAUCAUUUUGAAGCUUGUUAUUUUAUUCUAACUAUAAUACUAGAAAAUAUUUACAUAUACUUAAUUUUGCAGAGUAUGCUCAAGUUACCAAAAUGUUGGGAAAUGGUCGUUUAGAAGCAAUGUGUUUUGACGGUGUUAAACGACUUUGCCAUAUUCGAGGAAAACUGAGAAAAAAGGUUUUUAAAAUUCACAAUUUAUAGUUAAUCAUUUAAAUUAUAGUAGAUUAAACAAAUUAUUCUUUAAGUGCUACUCUACAGAUGAAUUAUGAGUUAAAAUAUAAAUUGGUCAAUCAAGGAACUCUGUAUUUACAGUCGAAACAAAAUGCAUGAAUAUGGUGACAGUGGUACAGCAUCUUUAUAUUCUUAAUUAUAUUGACACAUUUAACUUCAAUAUACCAUAAAUUUUUUGAUCACAAAAAUUUUAAAUUUGAUUUUUUAAUUAAACAUUUUGAUUAUUGUUUUAAAAUAUAUAAAUGUUAAACUUAAAACAAUAUGUGGUAUUAUCUAGCUUUAUUUGCUGGGUUUCCACAUCUAAACUAUUCAAAUGGAGCAUAUUUUUUAAACUGUUGAAUUAAAACCGGAUUAAAAUUUUCCCUGGUGAAAUGUUAACUGAUUGUAUAACUAUUUUACACCUUUUUUUUUUUACAUACCAUUUUAACUUUUUUUUAAAUUGUAUUAAAUUAUUUUAUGUGUAUGAUAUAUUACAGCCCAGGUUCAACAACACGAGUUAUGUGAUAUCUACAUUAAGUUUAUGGUACAUCUUAAAAGAAUAGAUGAUAAUUAUAAUACAAAAUAAACUUUAAAUUAUUUACUUAAAGCUUUCGAUGCCAAUGUCUUUUGCCCAUAAAAAUACACUAUGGAAAUAGUGAUACGGUAUUAGUGGAUAGAAUCAAACCAAAUUUAAUUAUAAUUGUUUUAAUAGCUAGAGGUAAACAUUCUACAGACCGCAUUGAACUUUGUUAAUAUUAUAUUCCCAAGAUUUAUAACGAGUCUUUAAGAAAAGCAAAUUUUAAACUUUUUUUUCAUUAUUUGAAAUUAAAGUUCAGUGCGCUCUGUAUUAUAUUGUUUAUUGUUAAAAAGAAAAAUGUUUAUGAAAACAUUGAAUUAAUAAUGAGUUAUCACUGUCUGUGAAAUUUUUGUCAAUAAAAACAGCCAAACCCUUUCCCCCUAAAUAAAUAAGUAUCAGGUAGUAAAUUGGAAAAUCCUAUCUUUAAGAUGGUAAUUAAAAUAUUAAAAAUAAUUUUUAAAUUUGAAAAACUAGCUCUGGGCCCUUAAUUUACAAUAUAUUUUGUAGUAAACAUUUUAAUGUAAUACAUUUCAUCGUGAAUUGGAUAAAGAUAAAUAAAACUUUUUCAAUUAAGAUUAUUUGUUGUACAAGGUUGUAAUAUUUUAUAUUAAUUUGAAUAACGUAUAUGAACAUAUAUUUUCAAUUUUAGGUUUGGAUUAAUCAAGGUGAUAUAGUAUUAAUAGGUUUACGUGAAUAUCAAGAUACAAAGGCUGAUGUAAUUUUGAAAUAUACUCCAGAUGAAGCUCGUAACUUGAAAACAUAUGGAGAAUUUCCAGAAACGGGUAAGAUGCAUAAUUUUAUGUUAUUUUCAUCUUGAUUUAAAUUAUAUGCUUCAUUUAAAAUUUAUUUUUGACAUCUAACUAAAUGUCUGUUUACUUUUAGUUCGUAUCAAUGAUACUGUCACUUUUGUUGAUGAUGGAUUGGACGAGGAUAUCGAAUUCGGAGAUGAUAUCAGCGAUGAUGAAGAAGCCGAUAAUGUUGAUAAUGUAAGAUAAUAUAACUAAGCAUUAUUCACUAUUUUUAAUUAAUUUAAAAUUUUAUAUUUUCAGAUUUAAGAGCCAAAUUAUUAAGUGUUACGGUGAAAUUAAAUUAAAGUUGAAAUAAAUAUACUUAUAUAAUGCUUUAUAUGUGUGUAUGUUUUUUGAUAAUAUUUUGUUUUUCUACAAAUUUUUUUUAAAUUCAUAUAUUAAUUAUAUAUGUAUUCCUUAGAAAAAAGAAUAUAAAAUACGAUAGAUUAUACCAGUUACAAUUCAAUUUCCUUUUAAGUAAUUUAUACAUAUAUCUAAUUAAUUUUUUUUUGUUACUCCAAAAAUAUAAUUUUAUUAUGACUUAAUAAACAAAAUAUAUAUAAUUUUUAUUUUCCUUUUAUUCAGUUAAUUUAAUGAUUAUUUAUUGUUCAAAAAUUAAUAUUCAAAAAAUAUAUUAUACAGACAUAGCUAAUGUAAAUUUAAUGUUAUAUGUAUAUGAAAAAAAAAUUCAUUGUCAUCAUUAGUUAAAAAACAAAUAGUUUUAAAGUCAGUUGUACAAAUAAAAUCUGGUUGAAAUUAAUAUUAUUAUUUAUUAUGACUAGCUAAAUAUUGAUAAAAGUCAAUUAUUGAAAAUUUGAAGUUUAUUAUAGUUUUUGUAUUAUUUAAAUGCAUGCAUUCAUUUAUAAAGUUAAUUCUACAUUAACAAAACAAGACUAAAUUAUCUUAUUUUCAGAUUUAAUUUAUUUUGUGGAAUUGUUAAAAACAUAUUAAUUAUAUACUUUGAAAAGUUUCUAUGUAUAAUGAAUACAUAAUUAUAAUUUAAGCAAGCAAUAGUGACAGCCAAAGUCAAUAGUGACGUAGUUUUUUUUUUAUGAAGCAGUUUCAGUAAAAUUGCAAGAAACCUCAUUUAACUUAAGCCCAAAAUCAUUGAAAUUUGUAACUAAGACUAAGAAAUAUUCCUGUACUUUAUAUUUAUAUUUCAAAUUAUAAAGUGCCAUACUCCCACCUUAAGAGCCUAAAAUUAGAAAGUGGCACCGGUGUCAUAGUUUCCAAUUGAUUACUGUUAUCAAUAAUAACAUUUCAUUCAAAAAU